UACUUUUAAUGUAUACAUGUUUACAAGUUUAUUGAAAGUGUAAAAGACUUUAAUUUUACUGCUAAUUAGUAUGCAGAGCUGUGUGAUAGUACUCAAAGUAUGCAUAUGUGACUGCUAUGUCUAGAGAGUGUGUGUAAGUGUGUGGGUGGAAAGUUGGUGUUUGUGAGUUGAAGGCGUUCUUUCCCUUCUCAAACCAACCUCCGUUCCUCAGACUGGUUGUUCACUGACAUCACCGGAGUUUCCCCCUUGUUUUGACUAUAUAAGCUGAAAAGUAAACAGAACUUCAUACCACAAACUAGCACAAAAAGGAACACAUCGCAGAGAAGUAACAGCAUGGUGAAAUACGAAACGACUGUAGUAGAUCUGGAGGCCGGUGUAGGGGAUGUUUAUCAGCCGACUGUGACAUCCAUACCGGUGCAGUCGUCCAGUAGUUGGAUUUGGAAGGCGAUCGUCUUCAUCGGCCUCUGUGCCACAGCUUCUGUCUUCUUUGCCUGGCAUUUGAUGAAACAGGACGAAAGGGAAAUUCAAAUCUUCGAGUCUGGCAAGCAGAUCAGCACACCAUCAGAGCAUGGAAAAAUCCUGAAGCAAAUAGCCGAGAACACAAAGGCUGCCAUUCAUUUACAUGGUGCUCUAAAGUCAGGUUCACUGAAGUGGGUCAGCGGUGUGGAUCAGUCCUUUGAGCAGGGUGGCCUUAAGCUGGUAGGCGAUGACAUUCACAUUCCCGCAGAUGGCCUUUACUUUGUGUACAGCCAAGUGUCAUACGCCGUACAGUGCAACUUUGACGAAGACAACGCUGAUGACGGACCUCAGAAGUACUUAAGCCACAGUAUUAGCCGUUUAUCAGAUGCCAUAGGGAAAGAAUGGAUGCCCCUGCAGAACUCAAUUAAAACCGUCUGCCAAUCAGGAGAUAGCGAGAAGACCACGUACAGCACUGUCUACCUUGGCGCUGUCUUUAGUCUUUUGGAGGGUGAUAAGCUGUCAACCAAAACCACCAGUGUAUCUGACAUUGAGGAAAAUUAUGCUAAAACAUUUUUUGGAGUGUUUGCAUUGUAAGGUUUAUGAUCCUUUUCUAUACGACUUAGUUGCAUGACCUAUUUUACAAACAGGGAUGCCACCAGCACAAAGGCACGGUGUUUUAUGUUAAAACUUUGAAAGUAUGUUCUCAGGGCAUUUGUUUAGAAGUACUUUGACUUAUGCUGAGAGCUCUUAUUGCAUUAAAAUGUAAUGUUUUGAUUCUAAAACAGAAUAGAUGCAAUGAGAGCCAUGCACUAAGUACUAUGUACCUAGUCAUGAGUAUACCAAGGGCACUACAACUUUCAUGUUUAUUUUAAGCUAAUACAAUAUUUAUCAUCUUACUUAUUUCGUUGUAGAAAUAGUGAGGAAUGUAAAUGUUCGAAAGAACUAUGUUUUUGCAGCACAUUUAUUUAUUUAUAAUUUAUAUUAACGUAUUUAAUUUAUUUUAUUGUAUCAUUUAACUAUUUAUUAAUAGUAUGAGUAUGUAUGCUAUAAUUUCUUUAAUGAACUGUUCUUCAUGUCUGGAAUUGUUUUUAUACACUCCUCUCUGAUUCUGACAAUUUUACAGUGAAGCACAUUACUAUCCUCAAUAAACUUUAAAGUAAUAAUGCAAUGCAAAAAUCUCUUUCCUAUCAGGUGCACUGUUCAACACACACAUUCCCCUCAAAAAGAAGAAGUAACAUCAUAAUAGGGGAUUUUUGCAUUCCAGUGUGUGACUCGUAGAUCUUUAUUCUCCUAAAGAAUUACUUCCCUUUAUUUGUAGAAAAAUGAUGUCACUGUUUAACUCCCUCACAAACAUUCACUGUUUCCUCCCAAGUGUGACUGCACAACACCCCAGAGCAUUGAAUUAACAGGACUGCAUCCCUUUUCCCAUUGCCCUUACACAAUUCAGUGCAACUAUGGAGCUAAUCCAACCAUUUUCAGGCCAAGGACCCCUUGGUGGGUAGAGAGAUGUAGCCGGAACCACCGUUACAUACUGAAUAAAAUUGAGUGUUGUGUUUUAUGCCUAUAAAAACAUGGAUGGUAGGCUACCAUAUUAUUGUAUGUACAUACUUUAUGAUGUUUACAUUGCAAAGCCAUUGAAAUAAUCAUUAAAUGCUGCCCUGCUAAAAAAAAAAAAAAACAGCUAAAACCAGCAUUAGCUGGUUGGCUAGUUUUAGCUGGCCUUAACUGGUCUGGCUGGUCAUGCUGAUUUUAGCUGGUCAGGGUGGUCUUAGUUGGUCAGGCUGGUCAGGAUGGUCUUAGCUGAUCAGGGUGGUCAGGAUGGUCUUAGCUGAUCAGGGUGGUCUUAGAUGGUCAGGCUGGUCAGGAUGGUCUUAGCUGAUCAGGGUGGUCUUAGAUGGUCAGGCUGGUCAGGAUGGUCUUAGCUGAUCAGGGUGGUCUUAGUUGGUCAGGCUGGUCAGGAUGGUCUUAGCUGAUCAGGGUGGUCUUAGUUGGUCUCCCAGCCUGACCAGCUAAUAAGAGUUCAAACCCCCUCUGAAACUUGUUAACUGACCAGCCUGUCUAGGCUGGGCGACCAGCUAAAACCAGCCAACCAGUUUUUAGCUGGUCUUUUCAGCAGGGAUGUACAGCAGGGGUCUGCAACACUUUUUACAUGAAGUGACAUUUUUAAAUUCCCCUGUAAAUCCCUGUGCCAAACCUCCUCCAAAAA